ACAUUAUCUCAGCUUUUAGGAAAAACCACUGAAAAAUCUUUCAAAUCAGUUGCUAUUCGUCUGCUUGGACGAUGUGUUUAUUCUAAGUGAAAACUCUUUUUCGAUUUUGAAAAUCGUUUUUUUUAUUUUGAAAAUUUGCAACACCGUUCGGUAUAACCUUUGUUCAAUAUAUUUCGAGGUGACAAUUUUACUUUGCAAAUAUAAAAAUGGUGAACGAACUGAAUAAACCGCCUUCACAGGAGAAUUUAGCACUUGGCGAGCGCUUGCUCAAUUCCCAACGUCAAUUGCAAGAGAUGCAAGAAGAGCAUCGACAAUUGCUGCAAGAAAUGGAAGUACUCCGUCAACGCGCUGCCACAUUGAGUCGUCUGAACGAACAACAGUUUGGACAUAUUGGCCAUCAUCAAACCCUUAGCGAAACACCUAGACAUGACUCAAAUGAAGAGACUGCAAACCAUUUCGCCGAGGCUACCGAGCACGGCGGGGUAGACGCUGUGGAGCAAGUAAUCACACCAAAUGAUGUUCCAGAACAAAGCAUUAAUAUAAAUACACUCGAUGCUGAAGCGACAACUCCAACUACACAAACGCAUAUAACAGCGAAUGACAAUGCAGACGAUGAAGAUCCCGAAACAGCUGAGUAUUUACAGAAAAAAUUGGCCGAGAUAGCAAAGCUGAAAGCGCGUUUCAAGCACGUACAAAAUAUAAUGAACACCACCAAUAUGAUCGAAGAUCACAUUACUUCGAAGAGCAAUAACAUCGAAACUACAAAAGCUUUGGAGAGUUCAUUAAAUAAAUUAAUGUUAAGUGAUGGUCUUUCAGAAGAAGUACAGUCACCAUGUGUGACCAGCACAACAGCUAUUCAGUCAAACGCGGAACCCAACACAAAUGACAACCAAAACGAUCCAGCAAAAUAUGAAAAUACUACAAUAACUGACGACCCAGAAACAUUGAGCUCAUAUGCACCACCACAAGUAGCCAAUGAGGAGCUACUCUCAGCCAUGAUGAAUAUGUUUACUGAUUUUACAGCAGAUUUGCGUAGUCAGGCGGAUGAUUUGCGUGCGGAGCGUGAUCGUUUGCGUGCGCUCAAGGAAGAUCUUUUACGUAGAAAACGUCAGUCGUAGAUCAAACAAGUAAUCUGAUAUUUAUUUUAAUUAAACAUUUACCUACUUUCGAAAUCUUAAUCUGCGGAUAUCACAAAUCCAAAUUACGUUGAACUUAUAGAAGAUAUAUAUACAUAUACAUGGUUAAAACAACGAUUCUUAAAAAGUCUUACUAAAUCACAUAUAUUGCAUAAAUUAUAAUAUACUUUUUUGGAUAUUAAUUAUACUGCAUUUUAUAUAAAGCAAGAUAAAAACUGUUUUAGAAUCUCAAAA